AUGUCUGGUGAAGAAGCAACAGAUGAACGGCCAAAUAUUUCACCGACUGAUAGGUUUAAAAUUGAAACAUUUAAUUAUAUACAUGAUAUUUGUGCAAACAGCUUGGAUAAACGGUUUAUAAGUAAUACAAAAUUACUAAGCGAUUGCAUUUGCCUGGAUCCUAAACAUUUUAAUUCGAUAAAAAAUGAAGUACCUGCAAAUGCGUUACUAGAACUUUCAAUUCUAACAACUAUUGAUAGAAACACACUUGCAUAUGAAUUACAACAAUUUGCUUUACAGUUUAAUUCUAUUACUAAAACUUUUGAAGCUACUUUCACAUAUUAUUUAACUGAAGACUCCCAAUUUCCUAUUUAUGAACAUGAACUAGAUUUAGACGAAGAUCAAGCAUCCGUAAUUGAUCCAUCCAAUAAUUUUACUUGUGAAAGAACCUUUUCCAAAUUAAAAAAUAUCAAAACAAAACUAAGAUCAACUAUUUCCCAAGAAACAAUGGAAGCAUUGUUAUUGAUGAAUAUAGAAAGAAAUGUUGAAAUUGAUAAAGAAAGUGUAAUUGAUUCUAUUUGA